AUGAACGGCUUUGCAAGCCACGGCCUCGAUGAGGACGCUUUUGCGGAGAAAGGCAAUAUCGUCAAGGCUUUUGAUGCAUUUCCCAAGGCAAAACCCCAAUAUGUCACGCGGACAGCCGGGGGCGGGAAAUGGACGGUCGCAAUGUUAAUCGUGUCCUUUAUGCUCGUGCUAUCUGAAUUCACACGCUGGUGGCGGGGGCACGAGACGCACACAUUCGCGGUUGAGAAGGGCGUCGGGCACAACCUCCAGAUCAAUCUGGACAUCGUGGUCAAGAUGAAGUGCGUGGAUCUCCACGUCAAUGUUCAGGAUGCGGCGGGCGACAGGAUAUUGGCGGCAGAUAUGCUGAAGAGGGAUCCUACGAACUGGUAUCAGUGGGUUGAUACCAAGGGCAUGCAUAGAUUGGGGAAGGAUGCCGAGGGCAGGUUGAUUACCGGAGAGGGUUACCAUGAUGAGGGAUUUGGGGAGGAGCAUGUGCAUGAUAUCGUUGCUGCUGCUGGUGGUAGACGGCGCGCGAAAUUUGCGAAGACGCCUCGAUGGAGGAACCGUGUUACCCCUGACAGUUGCCGAAUCUUCGGCAGCCUGGACGUGAACAAAGUCCAGGGAGAUUUCCAUAUCACGGCGCGUGGUCAUGGAUAUCAAGAAUUCGGCGCCCAUUUGGACCAUGAUGCCUUCAACUUCUCCCACAUCAUCUCGGAGCUCUCUUUCGGAGCCUUUUACCCCUCGCUCCUUAACCCCCUCGACCGCACCGUUGAGGAGACCCCAAACCACUUCCAUAAAUUCCAGUACUUCCUCUCGAUAGUCCCGACCGUGUACACCGUCAGCUCCAGCAAUGCCUACCAAUCCCGCACCAUCUUCACCAACCAGUACGCCGUGACCGAGCAAUCCCACAUGGUGGGCGAGAGAACCGUGCCUGGCAUCUUCUUCAAGUAUGACAUUGAGCCCAUCCUGCUCUCGGUCGAGGAGAGCCGCGACGGCUUCUUGAGAUUCGUCGUCAAGGUCGUCAAUGUCGUCAGUGGCGUCUUAGUUGCUGGCCAUUGGGGCUUUACUUUGACGGAAUGGGCAACAUCGGUGCUUGGCAAACGGAGUAGAAAACAGAGCGAAGGAGUCCUCAAUGGGAGGACAUAUGAAAAUGAUGACUGA